UUAAAAAACUACGACUUGGCAACUCUAAUAGAGAUUUAUUGGCAAACGAUUGUCGAUGGCUAAGCACCGGCAGUGAUAACAGAGCAAACUAAGCAAACUGCUCUGAUAAGCGGAAUAUCGAAAUAAUAGGCAGCUUGUGAAAUCACCUGCAAUUCUUAAUUAAAUCAUCGUUAAUAAAUACAUAUUGGAGGGAUGGCGACAACACGGAAAUUCACAUUUCGUCGUGCCAGAAUUGAAGAUAUUGGUGCAGUGCAUCAAAUGAUACAGGAACUGGCCGAUUUCGAGAAAAUGAGUGAUGGUCCAAAGCUUACAGAAAAGGAUUUGAUUCGCGAUGCCGGUCUCGAUGGUGGCCAAGAAUUUUGUCAUAUUUAUGUCCUCGACCUGCAAUCCGAUGACCAACCUACACCCAUAAUAAUAGGUUAUAGCAUAUGCUUCUACUCCUACUCAACCUGGCAGGGGAAAUCGUACUUUCUUGAAGAUAUCUACGUACGUCCUACGUAUCGCAACAUCGGUGCGGGUGCUUAUCUGUUCAAAGCCGUGGCGGCAAAAGCGAAGGAGUACAAUUGUAAGCGCAUGGAUUUUCAUGUACUCGGUUGGAAUCCAGCGCGAAAAUUUUACAAUAGAAUGGGUGCUGAAGAUUUAACGGAGAGUGAGGAAUGGCAUUUCUACCGAUUACACAGUGAACAACUCGAGAAACUAAAUAGUGAAUUGUAGUACUUUUGGCAUAUUUUGGGUAUUAUUUGCAUGAAAUAUAAUUUAAUAAAUACGAGUAUUGAUAAUAUAAAGGCAGAACGGCUUGAAAUGUA